AUGACCACUCUCAUCACAGGCGGAACUGGCAGGACUGGACUGGGCCUCGCAAAGCUUCUGCACGCCGCGAACUACCCAGUGCUCAUCGCGACACGCACAGGGGUCGCCCCCGCGCCAUUCAAAGCCGUCAAAUUCGACUGGAACGACGCAUCGACGCACGAAGCCGCGUUCGACACCGCUGAUCCCCCGGUCGACCAGGUGUACAUCGUCGGCCCGCCUGCGAGCACCGAUGUCGCGUUGCACACCAAGUUCGUCGAGCUUGCAAUAUCGAAAGGUGUGAAGCGCUUCGCGCUGAUGUCGGCCACUGUCGUUGGGCCAGAUGCGAACUCGCCGUUCCCGGCUGGUGUCGUGCAUCAGCAGUUGAUUGAUGCUGGUGUCGACUUUGUGGUAGUGAGGCCUACUUGGUUCAUUCGUAAGCAACACAUCGUUUCUCUCUCCUAUAAGAAUUUUGAUAACUUGGGCAUCACGAAUUUCAGCACUAUAUUCUCAGCGGCGCAAGAUGGGAAAGUACCUUUCGUCUCGACAGAGGAUAUCUCCCAAGUGGUAUUCGAGGGUUUAACAGCGGAGAAAAGUCCAAACGACAGUAUCUUCGUCGUGGGUCCCGAGCUCCUCACCUACGAAGAUGCUGCAAAAAUCAUAUCUUCUGUGCUGGGCCGAACGAUCACUUACAAACGCAACACUAUCGAAGAACAAGCGGCCUUGUACACCCAAGUCGGGGCUCCAGCCGAUUAUGCCAAAUUAUUGGCAGCCUUGGACGCAGAUGUGGCUACAGGGACUGAAGAGGCUGUGUUUAAUGAUGCGGAGGCCGCUGCAAAAGGCCGCCUCUUUGUCGGGAAGCACACACUGCUUGAAUUCUUUAAGGAAGGGAAGAAUGUGCAAGCCAAGUAA